GUUAAUUCUUUGAAGGAGCAAGUUGAAACCUUUACUAAAACGGAAGCCGAACUACGUAAACAGCUUAAUGUAUACGUGGAUAAGUUUAAACAAGUUGAAGAGACUCUAAAUAAAAGCAAUGAUCUUUUCCUUAACUUUCGCAAAGAAAUGGAACAGAUGACCAAAAAAACGAAGAAACUUGAAAAAGAAAAUUCGUCUAUCAAAGGGAAAUGUGACACAAUGAAUAAGAACAUUUUAGAGAUGGCCGAAGAGCGCGCAAGAGAUCAGAAAACUAUAGAGGAUUCAAAGAAAAAGCAGUCAAAAUUGGAAAAUUUAUGCAGAGCAUUACAAGCAGAGAGGGCAGUCCUUAAGAAAAAAGUAGAAUCUUUUGAAUUGACACCUAUUCAACUUCCUAACACACCCAUUUCUUCAACAUGUGGUGAAGAAGUCGAUGAAGGCUCAAGUGAUUAUGGGUCUACAGAAGAUACAACACUUUGUAAAUGCAUGGAAAAUAAUGGUGAAGUUUCCGGAGCGCCAGUACAAUGUUUCUGUGCAAUAGAUCAAGAAUGUUUUGAGGAAGUUGGGCAAAAAUUAGAUGUAACUAAUGAACCAGAUUUAGAAACAGAUAGAGUUAUAAAAGGUGGUGAAUCGAUUAAUUAA